UUGAAAGCAGGUAGCUAUGCCCUACGCCCACCGGCUGCCCAUAGGACUAUCUGUGGAUGAACGACGGAUGCGUGUUGAUGACAAAUCGGUCACAACUAUAGGUGACUUGCAGAUAACAGCUGUGCAGCGGACCUCACCUGACGUGGAUUAAACCGCAUCUAGGAGUUUGGUCUGGCCAAAGCCGAGUGUCUGGCUGAGUUUAGCAAGGCCGAUAUCCUCCUUGAGCCCCUGGCACCGCAGUGGCGAGCCUGUGGCUGCCGAGCGUCAGGCAGGUGUCCCGACAGCAGCACCCGUCGACCUGAGCGGACGGGGGGACGUUUCCUGAGACCACUGUUGGCACGACAGGGUUGAAUAUGGCUCUGUCAUUCCUGUUGGUCUUGGCUGCAACUGUGAUUCUUAUCAGACCCGAGACACCUGUAACAAAGGCUUUACAUCAGAACUCACUCGAGUGCUGUGGCGAGAAACAGAGGGUGAACAACUCGUGUUCAAAUGACACCCACUGUGAACCAGGAUGCUUCUUGCGUGUCCUUGAGAACAGCAACACAGUUUGCAUAUUCUGUGGACUCAGCAGCUGUGGAUUUGGAGAACAUUACAGUCUGCACCUACAACUACACAGUGGAGAGGAAAAACCACACAACUGUAACCACUGUCGUUCCUAAAAUUGGAGGGCCAGGUGUGGCAGCCUCUCUUCUUCUGGGAACAAUGUUGAUCAGCCUGUUCCUGAUCCUCUCUGUUGCCUCCUUUUUCUACCUCAAGCGCUCCCACCGACUCCCGAGCAUCUUCUACCGCCGCAACAAGGCCUUCAUAUUCCAACCAAGUGAGACUGCUGUCAUGAUCCCCUCCUCGACAGUGAGGAAGCCAAGAUAUGUCAGAAGGGAGCGGCCCUCUGCCACAUCAACACUGAAUAGUGCCACCGUACCCACCACCCAGGUCUAUAAUGUGUAGGAGGAGUAGGUGGUGGGACGUCCGCUGCAGAUACGAGAGAACGCUCAGGAACGAUGUUAGAUUAUGUUUUUAUCAUGUGACGGUUCAGCUGUGUGAGAUACCCGCAGUUGAAUUGAAGGUAGGCGGCCAUAUUUAACUGUAGCCGCUUUUGCUGCAUUCUUGUCACUAGGGUUGUUGUUAUAUUAUAGUAUCCACCAACUAACCUGUCAAUCUUCUUGACACAUUCCCUGAUAUUACAUUUUGGUUUUUUUUUCAUACAAAAAAAUGCAAUCAUCCCAGGAAAAUAGUUUCAGUAUUUCUCUCACAUGUCUGUUUGUUUUUUCCUCCCACUUGUGCAGCACUUCAGGGUCACACUUUUUUGUUUUUAGGUCAAAACCCUGUCUGUUAAAGGAAUAGUUUGACACUUUGGGAAAUAUACAUAUUCACUAAAGUUAACUGAUUAACACAUUUUAUCUAUUUUAAUCCGUAUAACCUCCUCCAAAGAGUGGAAAAAACACAAAUGUAUCGCACUGGCCAGACUAUUGCGGUGAAUUGUAAUUUUUCCACUUUUUGUUUUUUGUUUACAUUAAACAAACCAGAUAUAACGAAUGUUGUUGCCAUUCGAAAGAGGCUAGCAGUUUCCAGUCUUUAUGCUCAGUUUAGCUAACCAGCUGCUGGCUACAGCCAUGUUUUUUGCAGAUCCGAGAGUUGUAAUGAUCUUUUAAUCUAACUAGCUGCAAGAAAGUGUAUACGCAUAUUACCUCUAUUCCUUUUAAUGCAAAGAUUAUUCGUGACAGAGAUCGAGUUGAGAAGCAGGGAUUUGUUCGGGGGGGGGGACAAAGUGACAGCCCAGUGACAUUUGAUGGAAGCCUGUGUUUGCUAAAUAGGAUAUUUACAUGCCUGAUAUUUAUUUACAUGUGUCACUGUGCACUUGAGCUUUACUGAUGAGUCAGACCAACAGAAUAAAUUGUGUGUCUGAUAAUCGAGCUCUUUUGGUGGGCUGGGAUGUCCUUAGGGAGAGUGCUGUCAGCGCUGUAUGGCUGAUUGGUGAUUGCUUUUUUAUUUUUAUUUUUAUUAUUGCAUUUGCAUUAUUUGUGAGCUUAACCAACGUGAAUGUAUUACACAAGUACAAGAAAUUGCGCAUCACUGUAGAAUGCAUCAUGAAUUCACAACGGACCGAGUCAAACAUCAUCAUUGUGUUUUCAUAGGAAGGUCUGUGAUCCUACAGAACCCUUUUAAUGUCAAUUUUGCUCCAUAAAGUAGAUUCAAAGUACAAUAGAUUUUUCUCUCAAACCUCAAAUUACUGAAUCCUUGUGCACUUUAUUUGUCUGAGGUCAUCAGCUAAUGUUGGACCCUGUUUUUAUUUGAAAUGACCUAAAGGCCAUCAAGUGGGAUUGAGAUUUCUUUUUGUUGUACAGAUGGCAACAUUAGUGUUGCAUUGUGAAAAUGUUCUUGACUACUAUUAACCUUUUGCCAAAUGUACUGUGUGCCAUAACUGAUAACUGUGCCAUGAGCUUUAAAAGCAGCCAGGAAACAUUUAGUCAUAAUGUGCUGAAUAAUUGGGUAUUUGAAUUAUAUCCAGUGGCCUUUAUAUUUACUGUACACUAUUCUAAAACAAGUAUCCUAGUUUUAUUUGUUACAUGCUAUUUAAUUACAUAUAGUUUUAUAUCUUGACAACACUAAUUUCCUCCUCCAGUGUAUGUGAAGCAACGUGAAGUGAACCAGAUAAAAAGGCAGCAAUCAUUCCAUGAAUAUUCCCUUUUUUGCAUAAUGUAUUUGCUGUUGUGCAGACGGCCAUAAGCUGAAGACAUGUAUAUAUUGUUUUAUACAAAUGUAUUGUUUUUGUAAUGAUGUACAUAAUCUAGUUUUAAUGCCAUGAAGAAUGUUCUGAAGAUGUAUGUAAUGUUUGGAGAAAUAAAGCACCUUUCCAUA